CGCACGCGGUUGCCAUGGCGAGGGCGAGGACGCUGCUCGAGGCGGAGGCGCGCUCUGCCGUGCGACUCGAACCAGCGCUGGGAGUGUCUGUACUUCGCACUGGUCUGGGUUGGACGGAGCGGCAGUGCGAGACCGAGCCAUGGAGAGCGCUGGCCCUCGACUGUGUUCUGGGCACGUUGGUGCACUGCUCCACACGGGGCCUGUCCUGGGCCUGCCUACCCCUCGUGGCGUCACUCACACUUGCCCUGCUGCACGACACCACACAGCUGUCACUGGAGGAGGUGCUGAGGAGCCUGGAGGAGCGUGUGCACGGCUGCCUGGGGUCUGGCCGCCCGGCCCGCAUUGUCCUCCACUUCUUUUCGUCCACGUAUGUACCGCACUUCCGCUUAUGGCGCGCUGCCCUCCUGCGCGGCACCUUCACUGCCUCCGUUGCCAGCCGCCCGCCACCCUUGAACCUGGAGGUAGAGGUGCCGCUCCCCAUACCGGCGCUGCAGCGCGGCAUGGAGGAGGGCGCUGUUGAGCGACGGCGGCGCGAGGCUGAGCGUCUCGAGGAAGUCGAGGUGCGCGUGCGCACCGACGCACGGGUUCGCCAGGAGGAACUGCGCGGUGAGGGCCGAGAUCAACUGGAGAAGGUCCUGGCUCGACUCUCGGUGCAGGAGGGAGAGACGGUGGAUGCAGAGACGCUCGCCCUGGUGCUGAGGGAAGCGAUCUCCGUGCAGAUCCUCACGGCAUGCGAAGUGGCCCUGUCAGAGAUCCGGGCGACGUUUCUCCUCACGGAGGCCCGUCUCAACACACUCGCUUCCUCGCCCGCACCUGGCUCCUCGCUCCCCGGCGAGCUCAAUGGACGCACGGCACCAACGCACGGCGGUGGUGGCGGCGGCAGCAGAAAGCGCAAGCCGCCAAAAUAGCGCCCUCAAGAUGGCAGGGUGGCGCAGUGGUGGGGGGAGGGGGCGGUGAUGCCCGGUCUUUCAGCAAACUGGUGUGUUGGAGAGUAAACCCAAUUUGUGUUUACUCUCCAACACAACAGUGUGCUGAAGUAGUAACUAAUUGGCAUGUUUUGUUUAAGUGACAAACUUUAUAGAAAUGGCCGUGCCGGAUGAUGUCGGGUUUAACGACACUUAUAUUUACGCGAUUUAACCCCAAAAAAACUCUCUAUUAUCCACAAGUCAACAUUCACAGGCAAUGCAGAUGUGGAUGGAAUUCAGAAAUGCAUUAGCCCCAUUUUGCCCUAGUCAUGAAGAUGACAGCUCAUACCGGACAUCUUGUCAGGUCACUUCUCACAGAGUUUAUUCUUUGCUUCCCACUAUCCCCUUAAAAGUUGGGUGUUGUUUGACAAUGUUGUACGCAGUAUUUCUAACUAUAUGUCUACCAUUAUAAAUGAACAAUUAAUAUUUUACAUUUGCCAUGCCGAUUAUGUAAAUGUGCAUGCAUUAUCAUGUUUAAAUUGUGUACACAAAUGCACACUAUAAAUACACAAGUACAUCUUGUACAAUUUAGCUGCACCUGUUUGGAAUUUCAAAGAACGUGGCACAGAUCACACUAUCCCGCCAUUUAAUAGAUUAUUUUUUCUGUCACGUGAGCUGACGUGUCCGCGAGUUCCGUGGCUGUUUUGAGCUGUUCAAGAAAAGAGCAGUGCUGUGGAAGCAUUAAAACAGGAGCUUUGCUACAGCAGUAUGAGUCUUCACUGUAGAAGCUCCAGGAGCUUUGUGUGGGUGCUGAAGUUUCCCUGUUAGGUCUCCCUUUUGAGGAAAACAUAUGUCUGUUACAGAGCAGUUGUGUGGUUUGCUGUUCGUGUGGACAACGUGUGUGCACUAAUUUAUACAUGGUCCACACUUAUUCGUAGUGAUAAUGAGAUGAUUGAAACAAAUAUCUGUUUGCACUUUAUUAGGCUAACUUAGCCUCGUGCGUAAGAGAGGAUCGCCAGAAGGCCUGAUGCAGCUCGUACAAAUGAGGCGUGUGUUUCUGGUCUUAAAUGUAGAAAAUAUGUUCAUGGCAAGUUAUGUGCUUUGCCAAUAAACUUUUAUGCUGAACU